GAUCAACAAACUCUUCCGUGCUGCCUGCUCCUGAACGUGCUGCCUGCUCCUGAAAGUGCUGCCUGCUCCUGAACGUGUGUCUGUGUAGCUCUAACAUGUGUUUUUCUACUGUUUGUGAGAGCACGUGUACCUACUCGCUCUAUCCGAGGACUCUUAUUCAGUGGUGAGGUGACCACCUUCAGCACAGAUCCCCUUUGCACCAUGCCUCUGAGAGACUCAGUCACGCUGCUGCUCUGGAGUUGCUGCGUACUACUGCUUGUCCACCAAUGCGAGGGUCAAGCUCUAAAUUGCACGUGUAAUGUGACCAACAGUCGGUGUGAGGAGAAUGCGGUGUGCAGCUGUGACCCGGGUUGGGAGGGGCAGCAGUGCGACGUCUGUGUUAGAAUGCCAGGCUGUGUCCAUGGAUCAUGUCACCAACCCUGGCAAUGCACAUGCGAGCCUGGAUGGACGGGACGCUUCUGCGACAAAGAUAUCCAUGUGUGCACAAAUGAGGCACCUUGCCAGAACGGUGCCACUUGUUACACAAACAUUUCAGGGGAAUACUCCUGCAUCUGCCCCAAUGGAUUUUACGGGAGGAACUGUGAGCACAAGACAGGACCCUGUCAUAAGAUCGGCAAGUCUCCAUGUAAGAAUAGAGGGCAGUGUGAGGACAGUAGCGGCUAUGCACCAGAACUCUCCUGCCGCUGCCUGGCAGGCUUCAGUGGGCCGCGCUGCGAGACCAACAUGGACGACUGCCUGAUGCGUCCCUGUGCCAACGGUGCCACCUGCCUGGAUGGCAUCAACCGCUUCUCCUGUCUCUGUCCCGAGGGCUUCACGGGACGGUUCUGCACCAUCAACCUCGAUGACUGUGCCAGUCAGCCCUGCCUCAACGGAGGGCGCUGCCUGGACCGCGCCAGCACCUUCCACUGCCUCUGCAAAGCUGGGUUCACUGGCAGGACCUGCGAGGUUCCCCUACGGAGCCCAGAGAGCCAAUCACCCAUCAGGAGCUCCCAUGGCUGGGCUGGGGGGGGAGAGGGCUGGGGCAGGGUGACUCAGGCCAGGCCAGACCAGAUCACAACAGGGGGGAACCAUUCUCAGGGCAGCAGUAACAGUAAUAGUGGAGACAGGCUGCUGAAGAUCUCUGUGAAGGAGGUGGUGACCCAGUGGGGGUCGUCUGGCCUGUCAGAGGUGCAGCUCAUCACCUUGCUGGUGCUGGGGGGUAUGACGCUGGGCGUGGUGGCUCUCACAGCUAGCCUGGUGCUGAGGGGGCAUUGGCAGGACCGCUGUGCCAGCUGCCGGUGCGGUCCCAUCCUCCGCCUGCACCCGGUGCGACACAUAGACUGCCAGCCAACCCCGCAGAGCCACCUAGUCACAGUGGAGCAGGAGUGUAAGAUCAGCUUCCUGCACACGCCCACGGCCCCCGAACUGGAGAAGAAGAAACUGAACACUGAGGUGAUUUAGGCUAGAUUUACCAUCUCCAUAGCCCUGAACACAGGACAGGAGCAGAGAACAGACUGCUUUCAGCAGAGGGAAAGCCAUGCUCUAAAUCCCAGCCCUGCCUCCAUGACUGACUGUCUUCAGUACUGACAGUCAAAAUACCGACAACAUACCAAUCUAGGUAUCGAUACCUAGAAAGACGCAGGACCAAGAAGAGACCAGUGGGUAUGUUCAAGGAGAAAUGGUAGGAGAAUGUGUUUGACACUCCUAACAAAAAGAGCAUAGUCCUAAUAUGACGGAUUAUUGCUUGACCACAGGGGUAAGAGGUGCAUAACGAUAAAAUAUACUCAAGUUUUUUGGUGACUUUUGUCACGGACAAUUAAUGUGUAAUUUGUCCAUUCUCAAAAUCUGCUGUUGCGGUUACUUGGCAUGAACUGCAUGUAAGAUAGGCGAACUGACAGACAGCUUUGGAAUGUUAGCCGAGACAAUGCCCUUGCCAUGUCAACCAAAUUGGUGUACCGGUAUUUGUCAAUGCUGUUGUAGUCACAAUAUUAGGCCAAAAUGUUAGACUUGAAUGCAGAUGUGCAAUCCGCCCAUUUACAGUGGGGAGAACAAGUAUUUGAUACACUGCCGAUUUUGCAGGUUUUCCUACUUACAAAGCAUGUAGAGGUUUGUAAUUUC